CUUAAACCCAUGCCAACCAGAAUAACCAGAGAGGGGGGCCAAAAUCCAAAAUGUCGGAACAAGCAAACAAGGUAGAGGGGGAAAAGGAAAAGGAAUGGGAGGGGAAACAAUCCCCACAUCCAGAAUUCCUCACGAAGGAGAAUAUCCACGUCGAGCUCACCAGCGCCCCACUAUCCAUCACUCAAGUCAUGGAUAGGGUCAGGUCUCCGAAAGCUGGAGCUCUAGUUUUAUUUGCUGGAACAACACGCGACAACUUUGACAACAAACCCGUCGCUCACCUCGCCUACACCGCUUACACUCCCCGAGCCCUGGCGACCAUGAUGUCCAUAUGUGAGGAGGUGCUCCGGGAGCGGGGGUUGAUGGCGAUAUGCAUUGUGCACAGGAUCGGCGAGGUGCCCAUCGGCGAGGAGAGCGUGCUCAUCGCCGUCGCGGGUAAGCAUCGGGGAGAGACUUGGCGGGGCGGGGAGGAGGCGCUGGAGAAGGUUAAGGAGAGGGUGGAGGUUUGGAAGAUGGAGAGGUUUGUGGGCGGGGAUGGGGUUUGGAGGAGUAAUCGGGAUGGGAAGGUUGGAGUUAGGGUUGACGAGGGUGAUGAUGCUGGGGUUGAGGGGGAUUGAUUGAUGAUUAAUUGACUGUUAUGAGACAAAUAGUUCUUUUUUUUCCUGAAUUAUCAUUCAUUCCAUUGACCUGGGAAACUAAACUAACUGAGGAGACAAUUGGUCACGCCUCACCCCAUCAUUCCGUCUCAAACGUAGUAUUAUAUAAUUUGCUCGCGCGUGCGGCACUUUUCAUUCAGA